AUGACAAUAACUAGAACUGGUGGUGGAGUACACAUUGUGGACGGUGUCACAUCAGUGGAUUGUCAUAAUAGAGUUCGUUCAUGGAGUCUUCUUCGAUCAGUUUUGUGGUUUAUCAUUCCAAGUUGCACUCGAAAGUACUGUGAUGAUCAACAACUCGAAAACGAAGAGGAGACUAUUACUACAAUAACAAGUCAUACCUCCACCACAAGGAUCAAUAAUGUUUCAACUGGUACAAUCUAUGGAUACCGCCAUGGAAAAGUUAAUUUAUGUAUUCAAUCAAAUCCUAACUCUAAUAUUCCAACCCUUCUUCUUGAACUCGCCAUACCUACAGCUAUUCUGGCUAAAGAAAUGAGAAGUGGGUUACUAAGAAUUGCACUAGAGUGCAACACCGAAUCACAGCAUUCAUCUUCUGCCUAUAUCUUGUCUGUGCCAGUUUGGACUAUGUAUUGUAACGGGAGGAAGGUUGGUUCCGCGAUGAAACGCGUACCAACACAAGCUGAUAAGAAAGUACUUAGUUUGAUGCGGAAUGUUGAUGAGGGUGUGGGGUUUAUAAAUGGGAAUACGUUGAAGAGCUCUACUGAAGACAAGGAGGACAAGGGCAACCAAUACAACCAUGAUGACCUUAUGUACUUACGGGCGAAUUUUGAAAGAGUAUGUGGUUCUGAAAAAUCAGAAUCCUUUCAUUUGAUCAACAAAGAUGGAAGCAAUAGCCAACAACUCAGUAUCUUCUUCAUUCGAGGAUGA